AUAUUUGUUUGCUUUUUCUUUCUAUUCCACAUAUAUAGAUGCAGCUCCGAUGGUUAUUAUUCUGUGUUGCGGCACUUCUAAUGCCACUAAACUCAGCAGCUUUCAACAUCCUCUUCAUGGGUCCGUUUCCAGCGCCCAGUCAUUGGAUGUGGCUGGAACACUUUCUGCGAGAUCUAUUAGAACGGGGACAUCAUGUAACAGCUGUGACAAAUCAUCGCUCCAAAUAUCCACAUGAAAAUCUGACAGAGAUCAUUAUUGAGCCAAAAUUCGAUAUACCCUACUAUUUUCCCAAAGAUAACAUCUUCAAAAUGCGUUUCUCAAAUGAUUUUCAAAACCUGCAAAUGUGGUGGCAUGUGGGACUGCUAACCAGCGAACAUGCGCUCAAUGAUCCCAAGGUCAAAUCGCUGAUCGCCAGCAAGGAUCUGGAAUUCGAUCUCAUGGUCUUGGAACAGUUCUUCCACGAGAGUUUCCUAAUGUUUGCGCACAAAUUCAAGUGUCCUGUGGUGACGCUAGGCACCAUGGGUUAUGCGGAUAAUAUGGAUCACGCUAUGGGGCUGCUUACGCCUUGGUCCUUUGUGCCACACCUACUGCUCUCGCAUACAGAUCAAAUGACGUUCACACAACGUGCCUACAAUACAUACUUAUCGCUUUACGAUGUCGUUAUGCGACGCUGGCAUUACAUGCCGAGAAUGCAGGAAAUGGCUGAAAAGCAUUUUUCCGGAUUCAUUGAAGGUCCAUUACCAAAUGUACGCCAACUGGAGAAGAACAUUUCAAUGAUGUUCAUUAAUAGCCACCGCAGUCUGGAUGUGCCGCGACCCACCAUUUCGGGUUUGCUUAAUGUGGCUGGUGUGCAUAUAAAGAAAGCCAAACCGCUGCCACAUGAUAUACAGAGUUUCCUGGACAACUCCACUCACGGCGUAGUCUAUUUCAGUAUGGGUUCCUAUGUGAAAAGCACUGAUAUGCCGCAAGAUAAAAUCUCACUCAUCCUCAGCGCUUUCAGCCAACUCAAGCAGGAUGUAUUGUGGAAAUUCGAAAACUCAUCGAUUGGUCAGCUGCCGCCAAAUGUGAAAAUCCAAAGUUGGCUGCCUCAGAAUGACAUACUCGCCCAUCCAAAUAUAAAAGUUUUCAUCACACAUGGCGGCCUUUUUGGCACCCAAGAGGGCAUCUACUGGGGUGUGCCUAUGCUCUGCAUACCGCUCUAUGGCGAUCAGCAUCGAAAUACUAUAAAGUCAGUGCGCGGCGGCUAUGCGCGUUCGCUGAAUUUCGGUCAAAUGACAAGUGAAGAUUUGGUGCUGAACGUACAACUGCUAAUAAGCGAUUCCAGCUACAAACAGAAGGCACUGGAAGCAUCGCGAAAAUUCAGAGAUAAUCCUAUGCAUCCCUUGGACGAAGCCUCUUUCUGGAUGGAGUAUGUGGCUCGACAUAAAGGUGCGCCACAUUUGAAGUCCGCCGGCGCCUAUAUGCCGCUCUAUCAGUAUUUGUUAUUGGAUGUGUUCGGUUGCGCGCUUUUAGUGGCCGUUUUAGCGAUUUGGUUGCCUUUAAAGUUUUUGAAAGUCGUGCGAAAUCUUCUGAAACGGAAAGAGAAGGUGAGCCCAGCGGCUGAUGCGAGCAAAAAGCGCCAAUAAAACUGUGAUUUAUAGAAAUAAGUAUACGUAGUCAUAUAAUUGCUUGCACUAAGUGCAUAUAUGUAAAUUAAUUUUAAGAAAAUAAGUUUUGUAGUCCAGAAAUCUAAGUUCUUCCGUAUUCGCAUUGUUUUCAAACUGUUACAUACUUAUAUGUUAUAUUAACCAAAACCUUUCGAUAAGUGACUUCAACACCUCUUCUGCCUUAGUGCCUUAAAUAAAAAAAUAAAAAAUAUCAA